AUCGUGAUGUCACAAACGUGGGCGGUGCCAACAGCGUGUGCUCAAAUACGUGGGCGGAGUCAAGCGGGUUCAAAAACAGAUUGUGGGUGACUGUGGAUGCUUUGUACGAUUUUCUCUUCUUACGUUCUUCAAAGGUGAUUCUAAUUCGACUUUCCGUGCUCCCCUGUAUACAUGGGGGAAUGAGUUUUUUUGCACAUUUAUGCAGUGGACGCCUAUGACAGAAGCCGUGUUACUUUUUUCAAAGGCAUUGCUUCCAGUGGAAAAGACUAGUUUCCAAAACAGCCAUGAAACCGCCUGGCGAGGAAGAGAGCCUGCGGCUGGGCACACUUCUGCUCAACACCCUGGCAAGAGAAAAGCGUCUUUGGAGAGCACCAGUCCUUAAGAACGGUUGCAUUCAGGGUUCAGAUAUCAGCCCACCGCAGUACCAGGAGGUGAUCGUGUGGUUGCGUGAAAUGAGCAGCAUUCUCCAGUUUUCCUCCGAGACGUUCGCUUUGGGAGUCUGUGUUCUUAACAGCCUGCUUGCAACAGUCAAAACUCGGCUGAAAUACCUCAAAUGCAUGGCCAUCACCUCUCUGAUCCUUGCUGCAAAAAUCAACGAGGAAGAUGAGGUGAUCGCAUCGGUUAAAGACCUGCUGGAGCAAAGCAGAUGCAAGUUCUCAACAGCUGAGAUUCUUCGCAUGGAGCGAGUCAUAUUAAACAAGCUGCACUGGGACCUUUACAUGGCCACGCCGAUGGACUUCAUUCACAUUUUCCACGGCCUGCUGAUGUCCAGGCGUCCUCAGCUGAUGUUGUCCAGCUCUCAGAAGAGACCCUGCCUCCAGGCGUCGCUGUGGACCAGGCAGCUGCAGCACUGUAUGGCCUGCCACCAGCUCUGGCAGUUCAAGGGCUCCAUAUUGGCUUUGGCCAUCAUCACUUUGGAGCUGGAGAGGCUGACGCCUGAUUGGUUCUCUGUUUUUACCGACCUGCUGAGGAGAGCACAGAUGGAGAGCACAGAGUUCAUCUGCUGCAAGGAGAUGGUGGAUGAGUACCUCACCGGCCUCGAGCUCUCCUUACACACCAACGCCGUCUACAUUUUGGACGCCUCCAGCAUGCUGGCGUUCAGAGGACAUGACACGCGGGAGGAGGAUGGAGAGGGGAACAGAAAGAGACGAGCACAGAAAGGGGACCAAGACAUGGACGACUUCUAUGAUGGUUUCUGGUGCUUUUAUGAUGAGGAUGUGUCGGAGAAAACGGCAAACCAUAGACUGCAGGAUACACAAGAACAGAUCUGGUCUUGUCCUCCGUUACGGCCCUCUUCUCGUCAGUAAGCUAGCGUGUGCUUCUGUGAGAGGUGGGAGCGGUUAAAUGAUGGCCAAGGCACUUUUUGAU